GUUGUGUCAAGUAAAAUGAAAGUUUUUUCUUUCAAAGUCACUAUAUUAAUCCUCAAUGGUACAAUAUUGGCUUUAGGCUUAUCAUUAUUUUCUGUUGGGUUAUCUUGGAUACAAAUCGAAUUAAAAUAUGAAAAAGCAACACAAAAACAACUCGUUUACGUUGGUGCUAUUCUACUGGCCCUUGGUCUUUUUUUAUGUGUUACGACAGUGCUUGGGUGCUACGGAACCUUUUCCAAAAACAAGUUUCUUUUAGCCAUAAACACAUUUAUGUUUCUUCUGAUUUUUUUAAUAUAUGCUGACUUUGGUAUAGUGGCUUUCCAUUUAAAGGAUGUGUCGUCGCCGUAUAUGAAAGAUAUUGACUUAGAACUCGAGAACGUUCUACGUGAAAAACAAGAAGGAUGGAAGGACUUUUUUGAUUAUAUACACAGAAAGUUUAAGUGUUGCGGAUUUGACGGAUACAAUGAUUUUCAAAGACUUUUAAAUAUAAGUCACCUUAAAAGUUGUUGCAAAGAUAAUUCCAAUUGCAGUGAACCAACGUAUAAGAAAGGUUGCAUUCAGCCAUUUCAAGAUUACAUUGGAGAUAAGUUUGUCGUAUCUGGAGCCAUUUCUUUCGCUAUUGCAUUUUUUGCAAUCAUUGCUGGAGCAUUAACUCAUAUUAUUAAAAGGAUACAUUAUUCCAAUCAAUUUUCAAUUAGUGGUGAAUUAUAA